UCGCAACCAAAAUGACAGCCACUUGUAUAGAUCUGACAAUGAUAUUGUAAGGUAGCGAAUAACCAACAUAAUGGAAGAAGGCAAAAUAACCAAGGCCCUGCUGAAGACCAGAAGUGGGGAAUUUGAACUGGAGAGCAUACAUUCCAUUAAUCUAAGAGAACUAGGUAUUUCUGAUCUUGGAUGUAUAGGGGAGUGCACUGGAUUGGAGAGAGCCAACCUGUCCAGAAAUGAAAUCACAAAGCUUACCAAAUUAGCAGGACUUACAAACUUGGCUAUUCUAAACCUUUCUGCAAACAGAAUCAUGUCCCUGGAAGGAUUACAGGCUCUUGAUAAUUUACAGUCGUUAAACUUGGCCGGAAAUCUUAUUGGUGGUGUUGAAAACUUGAGGUGUUUAACAGGCCUAGAUAAACUAGAAAGUCUUACAGUUAAUGAUAAAACACUGUCCAAUCCCUUCUGUAUUAAUCAGGGAUACAAAAAAGAUAUAGCAAAAAUGUUUCCAAGGCUGCGGACCAUUGAUGGAGAACGUUUACAUGGUCGAGGAAGUGAAGUGUUUGAAAUGUGCAAAGAUAUUGAAGAAGCCUUAGAAAUGCGGUCCAGUAACAGUGGAGACACUAAACUCAGCAAGGUAGAAGAAUGGCUCCCAGACAACUUCUGGACAUUUUCCUCAAGAAAGUUUGACCAAACAAACUUAGCCGACGCAGAUGAGCAAUUGCAAGGUCUGUUAUACUCCUGCCAGCUACUGAGUGAGAAGGCUGAUGCUGCUCUAUCUCCUGUACGGCCUACCUCCUCCAGUGGGGACAACUCUUGACAAAGGCAAAAAUUAAUAAAAGAAAAGUUAAAAGCAAAUUCUCUCUUAAUAUUUUUCAUUUCAACAACUGCACACAGCUUAAUAGCAGUUCAUAGGUGACAAAGCAAAAAUCCCUGCUUGUGUUCGCUUCAGUUUCUCUAGCAUUUAUCAUUAAACUUAGUAUAUGGAUACAUCUAGGGAAGGCAGAGUGUCACAAACAAAAUCUAGGUCACAGUGACUUUUAUUUGACAUCUGACCUCAAAGAAGAAACAUUUCACUUCUAUUUUUUGUAGGUUCAUCAAACUUAGUACAUGGGUACAUAUGCAUGUUGGGGAGACAGAGUAUUGCGUACCAAAAAUAUAUGUCACUGCAACUUAUAUUUUGGACCUCAGUCCAGAACAAAUUAUACCUGGAGAAUUUCUCCUACGCUUUUUCAGGCACAAAUGUUUUCGUUUUCUUACACUGAGUAUUUGUUUACCUUUUACCACAAAGUGGAUGCCAACUUAAAUGUCAGAGUGAUUUGAUUUGAUUACACAAUAGAUAUGGCUCAAAAUCACUUUGACGUACCAGGUACAAGGUAUUCUGGUUUAUGCAGUUUCUGUCUUUAAUCUAUUGGUAUAUUUCUAAAUAUCAGCGGUGAUUUCCUGGACUGUACACGUAAAAGGCCAAUUCUAGCCUUUACUAAAAUUUCCUGUCAACAUAAGGUAGUGCUAUGAAAUAUAUUUACUGAUUUACCAAAACUGUUUGGGCAUGUUAGUCAAUAGGUAGACAAAUGACAUAUAAGGCUAUGCGGAUCAGGUUCAUUUAAAUGGGAAUACUUUCAAUUUCAAUUCACUGCAUAGAUUUAUGAAGUACCAGUAAUCGUAUGAUGAAAAUGAUUUAGAGUGUUAUUUCAAUUCUUUAAACAACAGGUUUUUCUAAUCUCUGA